AACAAUCAGCAGGCUACUUUCAGCUGUCGCUGCAUCACCCCAGCUGCAACCAUUACAGCUAUGGCAGAUAAGUUACCCCGUUCACUUGCUCCUCUUUGUAACUAUAUCCUGAGACAGUAAAAGUCCUAAAACAUAGACCAUUGAAAUUCAUCACCAAAGGUAUAGCGCAGACAGUCAGCCAGACUCAGACAGAUUGGGACAUGGGGGACGUCAGGGACAGCCUAAGGAGAGAAAAAAGUCCAGUGAUGAGGAGACUGAUGAGGCAGGUCUGACCCAGAAAGAUAGUACUCGGAGAGAACAGGGAGAAAGGAGGUAUCCUACGAGACAGGCAAAGGUGAAAAUAUAGAUUAUUUCUACAAAGUGGCUUAGGAUGUACCUAAAACACUUAGAGAGGUUAUGGACUCUAAGAAGUCAAAAAUUUGGGCUGACGCAAUGAAAGAGGAGAUUGAAACUCUUUGACAGAGAAUGAAACUUUCAUACUGCACCACUGCCAAGAGGCAAACAAGCAGUGGAGGUCGCUGGGUAUAUGCAGUGAAAGAGAGCCCAGAUGGAUCUGAGACUUGUAAAGGCAGUUAUGUUGCAAAGGGGUAUGGUGAAGUGGAAGGGAUUGACUAUGAAGAGACAUUUUCACCGACACCCAACAGGACCUCUGUCGAAGCAUUGAUGCAGGUGGCUGUACAAGAGGAUCUUACCCUACACCAAAUGGAUGUGAAGACUGCUUACCCCCAUACUAUAUCCGCCAACAGCGCCAGUGAUCCGCCCACAGAAGCCGCUCGAUAUGGACAUUACAAUCACCCUUCUUGGCGGGGAGUCUCAUCUCCUCACCGUGGAUCCAGGGACCACCGUGGGCUCGCUGAAACGCCUCAUCCUUCAAAGCUUUAAACUCUCCCCGGAUAAGCUUUCGUACGACAAAGAAGGACAGAAAAUAAAUCUCAAUGAUGAGUCGAGAUCUAUAAGUGCCUAUGGUGUGCCGGCCGGCGCCAAUAUCUUGAUGCUGCUCAAGGAGCCCAUGAAUGAGCCCACCACCAUCAAUAUUAUUCUGAAAACGUUGAGGGGCCAGAGUCACACCUACACCGUCCGACCUGGGGAGACGGUGGCCAGCUUUAAGCUCAAGGUUCAACAGCGGGAAAGAGUGGCCGUGGACCAACAAAGGCUGGUCUAUGAAUGCCAUCAGUUGAACGACGAGAGUCGUACACUGGAGUCCUAUAAUGUGAGAGCGGGGAGCACCAUCUACCAAAAGGAAGGGCUGAGAGGCGGCAAGGACUCGGGAGAAGACGCCUUAAGAGAGGAGGCCAAGUCCAGCUAGACCAUCAGAAGAAGCAUAGCCUGAAGUUGAAAUAUCACUGUUUAUGCCACUUUUUUGUUCACACUGUUUUAAUCAACUGAAUAACUUAUACAUUGAAUAAACGAGUGUUUUAAAAAAACAACAACAUUGUUAAAAUUAUAAUAGUCAACAGGACCAAGUAUUUCAAAUAAAGGUUGUAAUUUAAAUUGAAAGCCAAACUGCGUUGAAUAUGUUUAUACUAUGGGCACAAGAUGCUGCUAUUCGAUACACUAAACCCAGAUUCAACUUGAGCAAGAGACUGCUUCUCCAAAAAAAGAAAAGGUUUAUGAAUACAACAACUUAAUAAACGGUCAAUAGAGAAAAGAAAGUGAACAAUGUGGGGAUAGACUGAAGUAC